AUGUCCUCCGCGGAAGCCUCCCCUGAGAGCGACCGGCAGCAAUCGAUACCCCCGUCCGUUUUGGCAUCCAACCCGGACAGCAAUAAUACCAGGCCCACCAUCAUAGAAUUCAAGAAAGAUGGGACUAUCUCCAGAAUGCGCUCCCAUCGAGGCAACAUGCCUUCAUUGCCGCAGACGAAAGUCUGCCCGUUAUGCCCCGCACGAUUUACGCGGACGACACAUCUCAAUCGCCACAUGAGGACUCACUCGAAUGAACGACUCCAUCGAUGUGACACUUGCAGCGCUGAAUUCACCCGGAGCGAUCUCUUGACUCGUCAUAAAAAGGGAUGCGGUGACCCUAACACCACCCAGCGCACUCGUCGAAAAUCUUGCCAGGCUUGCGCCGAGUCCAAAGUGAAAUGUGACCUGCAGUAUCCGUGUACGAAAUGCAAGAACCGCGGGAAGGAGUGUAUAUACGUGGGUGACUACCUGUCCAAUAACUUUCCAGGCCUAUCUCUCGGCGAGGCUGCUGCGUUCAUCUCGUCCCCGCCGAGCCCAGAGACGAGGCUGGGUGCCACCGCUCAAGCCAAGACUCCUGCGGCACCAAUGCGAUCCAUGUCUGACUCGGUCGUGCCCAGUAAUAUAGCGCUGACACCUGCCGCAACAACUGCCCUCGUAGAUGCAUUCCUGGCGGAUCCCAUGGCACAGCCUCCUGUCCCGCUCUCACUACACCGUUCAAGAUCCGACUCAGUAUCCGCUCUGACCAAUACCUCCGGCUUCUCCUCCCCAGGUUCUCCCGCUGUCCCCAACCUGGCCUACUCGACAGACUCUUCUGCUUCAUCGUCGCCUUCAGAAACCGAUCCUUCUACCGACUUCAACCUUCUCUUCUCCUCGGAACUGGACGCUUUGGCUCUGCAGGGUGACGCGGACAACAUAUGCGGCAGUAACCUAUUUCAGCCGUUCUUCAUUUACUUGUUCUUCACCGCCUUCCUGAAGCAGAUGCCGAUCAUUCACGGGCCAACAUGGGAGAUGGAGGGGAAGCCUGCUGUGCUCCUGGACGCGAUGUACGCAUGCGGCGCGCUUUACGUGAAGACUCGCAAAGCCGCGAAUUUCGUGACGAAAGUCCUGGAUGCAUCCAGAGAGACUUUGUUGCAGGAAUUUACACGGGAGCUCAACGACACCACCGACCAGAUCCACCUCAUCCUGGCCGUAUCAUUGCUGCAGACGAUAGGCUUGUUUCACCAGAAGGCGAGUCAGAGGGCUACUUCAAGUAUCUACCAUGGGAUGCUCGUCAUGAUGAUUCGCCGGUGCGGUUUGAUUUCCAAAGUCAACUCAUGGGCACCGCCUGCGAUGGUGGAUGCGGCAUCCACGGACCGUGCAUGGCGAGAGUGGGGUUUACACGAGACCGCGAAGCGCGCUCUCUUGCUGUCAUACCUCCACGACUGUUGCCACGCGCUAUACUUCGCGAUCCGCCCGUCCUUCAACUUCUCCGAGGUCGCUAUCAACUUGCCGUGCGAGGACGCUCUUUGGUUAGCCAGUUCGUCCAAGGAGUGGAGUUUCACGUUGUUGGGACCUUCACCCUAUGGCCAAUCGAUGGAUAAGCGGCUUAUUGGGGUGAGUAUGCCCCAAGUGCAGGCCGCUAUGCGGGAAUACAACCGUGUCCCUGGUACACUGCCGCCUUUGUCGCCUUUCGCGCACUUCGUCGUUGUCCACACUAUUCUCCGAGACAUCUACGCCAUAGGCCUAGAGAACUCGACACAGGGCGGCAGAGAUGCGCCGGGCUCGGAGCUGUCAUCAGAGAUGGAGCAAUCAGUGUCGCAGGAGAUCUUCAACCUCCAGUACUCGCUACAUAAUUGGUUGCAGAGCUGGAUGACGGCACCCGAAACUCCGAAGAUGGACGACCCCGAGGAGGAGCCGCCGUUCACCGUCAAUGUCCUUCCGUACUACUGGCUGGCGCAAGUCUCGAUUCUGGCGUACCAGGAAGGCCUGCCACCGUUCAAGGCUGGGGCCGGUCGAUUGAAUUCAGAACUUCAGUUCCGUCUAGUGAAACAUUGGCUAGAACAUAUAAGAAGCUUUCUCCGCAAGGGCGAGAGAGCGCCUACAUUGUUCUGGGAUGAGCUCAUGAAAGUUCGACUCCAAACGAAGCACGUCGACUGCGAUGGCGGGAGAGGCGUCGCGGAGCAUCCGGACGGCCUGCUGGGCUUCUUCACCGAGAAUUGA